GCGGCUCCGGGAGCUGCAGCGUGGCGAUCGGCGGUGCUCUGUGUCCCCCGGACACAGCGAAUCACAAAUCAACGGAAAGAGCUGAAGAUAGGGGACAUGUACAGUGAUCAUCAGGGCACACUGAUCAUCAGCGUAGCCCCAGCAGUGCCACCUGCCAGUGCCCAUCAGUGCCACAUCAAUGCCAUAUUUCAGUGCCUACCAGUGCACAUCAAUGCCACAUAUCAUUGCCUACCAGUGCACAUCAAUGCCACAUAUCAGUGCCCAUCUGAGCUGCCUUUCAGUGUCACCCAUCAGUGCCAGUCGGUGCCAGCUAUCAAUGCCGCCUAUCAGUGCUGCCAGUCAGUGCCACCUAACAGUGCCACCUAACAGUGCCAUAUAUGAGUG